UACGUAACGUACUACGACUUACAUCUCGAUAAUGUUGUUCGUCUAAACAAUUGCGUUCUAACCUUUUAACGAGUGAAAAGGAAUUACGUUUUAAGGAAAAUAAUCAAAGCUAAUAUUAAUUCAAAAUGCAAAGUGAAGGUACGAAAGAAAAAACAUCUGCACAGAAACAUGCUGAAAGAAUGAAACGUUUGCGAGAACUGCAUACGAAGAGAAACGAGGCGAGACAACAAAACCAUAAAGAAGUUGUAGAGGAAGACAAGAGAAAUAAGCUUCCUUCAAAUUGGGAGUCACGUAAAAGACAAGCAGAAUGGAUUAUUCAAGAUGAAGCUGCCAGAAAAGCUGCAGAAGAGAAAGGAGAAGAUUACGAAAGAACAAAAUUACUUCACAUUGAUGCAACAGAAGCAGAACGUAUUGCAAGAAAGAAAAGGAAUAAAAAGAAUCCAGAUCCAGGUUUUUCAGACUAUGAACAGGCAGCUAUUCGACAAUAUAAUAGACUUGUAAAAAAUAUUAAACCAAAUAUGGAGGCAUACGACGAAGCUAAAGAUAAAUUAGGUUCAGCUUUUUAUGGGGAUAGAAACACUAUAUUACAUGGUCUUCACGAAGAUAAAAAAGAGGCUAUUGACAAAAUGGUCGAAGACUUGGAAAAGCAGAUUGCAAAGAGAGAGAAGUAUAGUAGAAGAAGAAUGCACAAUGACGAUGCUGACAUCGAUUACAUCAACGAACGCAACGCUAAAUUUAAUCAAAAGCUAGAAAGGUUCUAUGGAGAAUACACACGCGAAACAAAACUAAACUUGGAACGGGGUACAGCUAUAUAAUGGGUGAAUAUUAUACUAAAGGACUUACUACAAAUAACUUGUAUUUUAAAUAGUAUUUCAAAACUCAUACAAAUAGGAGUCAGACUACUGAUAAGUCGUUGAUUAUUUAGUAAUCAGAAGUGCAAAUGGUACAUUUCGCGGUAUGCUGUUUACCAAUUUUAAACCUGUAUUCACGUGUUAAAAAAUCAAAUUGUAUAUUGAUUUCAUAAAUAAAAAAGAAUUAAACUCAAUUAAGUUGUUUGAAUUUUUGUUCUCCUUUCCCGAUCUGUUGGCUGCAACUUUUUAUUUAAUUUAAAUAAUGAUUUUAUAUACAGUUUUCACGUUUCUAAUGUAGUUCACAUCAUACCACCCA